UAGAGGCAAUGGCAGACGGGACAAUCGGAAGGACAACUUAAGUAACGAUUUUUAAAGGUUAUUUCGCGUAGACUCCGGGUAGACUGCUGGUCAGGAUAAACCUAUUUCGAGCUGCGUCCAUAAGAUAUCAACAACAAGAUGUCCAGAAGAAAUCCCGGGGACGAUUAUAGAAAAGGGUCAAGUGUCUACAGAGCCGAGGACAGGAGAGGAGAUGACAGGGAUAGGGACCGUUCGCCGCUCAGAUCCGAGGAGCAUUGCGACUCAGAUGACUCCAAUCAAUCCGAUGCUAAGAAACAAAAAUUAACAUUUGGCUUUGGAAAAAAGGCUGGCAAUGAACAGAAGAAAGGAAUUCAGAUUAAAUUAGGUUCUACUUCUAAACCAUCUCCAAAAGCAACAACAGUACAAAAACCAACAGUGGCCUCGGUGUUUAAUACGGAUGAAGAUGAUGAACCAGAAGAGAUGCCGGCGGAAGCAAGGAUGAGGAUGCGAAAUAUUGGUCGCGAAACACCAACAUCAGCUGGGCCAAAUUCAUUUGGUAAAACGAAGCAAGGAUUCUGCGAUUCAAAAAAAAUAUUUGAGAAAACGCUGAAAAAGGCAAUGGAAGAAGCAAACAAAUGAUUUUUUCAUUGCCAAAUAUAUCUAAAGGAAUAAUUACUUGUACAUUAAUUUUACAUAAUUACUACAAAUUUCUUGCUAAAGUCAAAUGUAUGUAUUUUUAUGAAAUGCAAUUCAUUGACAGAGCUCAAUUUUAAAGUUUUGCUUCAAAACUUAGGAGGAUAUUAUCAGCUGAUCAAUAGAUCUAUUAUUUCUAUGCACAUUAUGUACAAUAAAUCUAUACAUAAAAUUUAUGCAUUCUGAAGGAUCUAAUAAUUGUUUCUUCCUUUAAUGGAUUAUCAAAUGCUAUAUUAAUUCA